AAGUUGAGGUAUUAUUUUGACUCAGCAAUCGUGGUCUCUCUCAUUCAAGUAGCCGGUAAAAGCAUAAUUUUAUUUUAUGGAACCUUCUGCAAAAAAAUCGAAAAUGACGAACAACCAUAAAUUCAAGAACAACAAGAAGAAGUACUUCCACGCCAAGAGGCAGGUGCUCCAACCUGGGCAGCGUGGAUUCUUUGCCACGUGCAACAUCAACGAGAAAGCAUGCGUUCGCGAAUGCUACAAUCUUUUGAACCACUAUGCAGACAUACUUUACGGCACCGAAAAACCGGAGAAUGAGCCGGAAAAGAAGGAUGAGGAAGAAGCAGCUGGUGAUGCAGGAGAGGGUGCUGGAAAGCCAGCGGAAGCCACCAGCGAUGACGACGACGACCUGGAGGCAGCGGCCGCCAAAUGCCGCGAGAAGCUUUCCCAGCGAAAGGUGCGCUUUCAGAACGUGGACACUAACACCACCAACUGCGUCUUCAUCCGCACCCAACUGGAGGAUCCUGUGGCUCUUGGGAAGCACAUCAUCAACGAUAUAGCCACCACCGGCAAGUCCAUGUCCCGAUUCGUCCUUCGUUUGGUGCCCAUCGAAGUCGUCUGCCGUGCCAACAUGCCGGACAUAAUCUCUGCAGCCGGAGUGCUCUUCGACAAGCACUUCCUUAAGGAACCCACCAGCUAUGGCAUCAUCUUCAACCAUCGCUACAAUCAGCAGAUCAAACGCGAUCAGAUUAUCACUCAGUUGGCCGAACUGGUCAACUCCAAGAACGUGGGCAACACGGUGAGCCUUAAGGAGGCCAAGAAAUCAAUUAUAGUGGAGGUUUUGAGGGGCUGGUGCCUGCUUAGCGUCAUCGACAACUAUCUGGACUGCAAGAAGUUCAAUCUGGCGGAGCUGGCCAAUCCCAGCGAGAGGAAAUCAAGUGGCGAGGGAGAUUCCAAAUCGGAGAAGUCUUUAGAGGAGUCUUCAGGUGAUGCCAAGUCCAACGAAGAGAAGAAGGUGGUGGAUUCCGAGUCUAAAAAGUCCUUGGAGGUGGCCAAGGAAGAUGAGAAGUCCGACAAGCCUUUGGAGGAAGUCCGAUGAAGAGGAAAAAUCUAGUGACACUAUUAAAUCUUUAGACAAGCUUGCUGACGAUACGAAAGAAGAAAAGGUAUCCGCGGCCAACUAAUAUUUAAUUCAAACUUAGAAAUCUUAAGAGAACUCCCAACCCAAAGAAGAGAAUGGUAAGAGGACCAGAACACUAGUUAUAGAUCUAACAAUCUGCUGUGCAGACUAAAUGAAUAAAACGAUCCAGUUAUUAUUUUCAUUCGUUAACAA